GCUCCAAACUCUCUCUCAGUGUUGAGAGUUUGAGGAUGGUCGGCCUGUUUUCCUCCUACUCGUGUCAGCUGUCAGCUCCUCCUUCUCAGAUGUAGUUCUGCUGCGGUUCAGGACUCAAUCAGACCCGACCGUCUGCUCUCGCUGGGAGGACCUCAUGAACACGCACUGAUUGAUUCAUGCAUGAACUUAUGGAGUACACUUACUUCUGGCUGAUGUGGAUCGGCGCUCUGCUGCCAGGGCCGUGCACUUGCUUUAAUAUUGACACAAGACAUGCAAGAAUCAUCAAGGGUUCGAAAGAAGCUCAGUUUGGAUAUACGGUUCAGCAACAUGAGGCAGAUGGGCGGAAAUGGCUCCUAGUAGGAGCUCCCUUUGAGAGGAGCGGCGAACAUCAGACAGGUGACGUCUACAGAUGUCCACUAGAUCGCAAACCUGCCACAAACUGCACACGAUUGCAUCUAGGAAAGAUAUCUCUAAACAAUGUGUCUGAACGCAAAGAGAAAAUGAGGUUGGGAAUGAGUCUCACCUCUAACCCCAAGGAUAACAGCUUUGUGGCAUGUGGGCCGCUGUGGUCGUACGAGUGUGGAAGUUCUUACUACAGCACGGGCAUCUGUUCAAGAGUCAAUAGCAGCUUCAACUUCACCCACAGCAUCGCUCCGGCCUUUCAAAGAUGCGAGACCUACAUGGACAUAGUGAUUGUGUUAGAUGGAUCUAACUCCAUCUACCCCUGGUAUGAGGUUCAAGAUUUCCUGAUAAAUGUGCUACAGAAGUUUUACAUCGGUCCAGGACAGAUCCAGGUAGGUGUGGUGCAGUACGGUGAACGAGUAGUGAACGAGUUUCGGCUGGAUGAUUUCCGUACAGUUGAGGAGGUUGUAGCGGCAGCUAAGAAUAUCAACCAGAGAGGCGGAGAGGAGACGCGCACGGCUCUCGGGAUUAAUGCGGCUCGAACUCAAGGGUUCAAACAUGGAGGUCGUCCAGACGCUAAGAAAGUCAUGAUUGUCAUCACUGAUGGAGAAUCGCAUGACAGCCCAGACCUAAAGAAAGCCGUGGAAGAAAGCGAGAAGGAUAAUAUCACCUUGUAUGGUAUCGCGGUUCUUGGCUACUAUAAUCGGCGAGGGAUCAAUCCCGAAGCUUUUCUGAGGGAAAUCAAGUUCAUAGCCACUGAUCCUGAGGAGCACUUCUUCAGCGUCACUGAUGAGUCGGCCCUGAAGGAUAUCGUUGAUGCUCUAGGAGAGAAGAUCUUCAGCUUGGAGGGUACCAACCAGAACGGUACAGCCUUUGGUUUGCAGAUGUCUCAAGCUGGAUUCUCCUCACAUAUUGUGGAGGACGGGAUUCUGGUUGGUGCCGUUGGCGCAUACGACUGGAACGGAGCUGUUCUGAAGGAGACCCGUCACGGUAAAGUCAUCCCACCAAAGUCCUCUUACAUGAAAGAGUUUCCAGAGGAACUGAAGAACCAUGGAGCAUAUCUGGGGUACAUGGUGUCCUCAGUGGUCUCGGAUCUGUAUGGUCAGCUGUACGUUGCUGGAGCCCCUCGAUUCAACCACACAGGGAAGGUCAUCAUCUUCACCCUGACUAACAGUGGCAACCUCACCAUACUGCAUUCUCUCUACGGACAGCAGAUCGGGUCGUAUUAUGGAAGUGAGUUGGCACCAAUUGAUCUGGAUGAUGAUGGAUUGACGGAUCUUUUACUUGUUGGAGCUCCGAUGUACUUCUACAGAGGGUGGGAGAAAGGCCGAAUUUACAUCUACUCCAUAAACUCACAGGGCUCUUUUAUACCAGAUGGGACUCUUGGGCCAUCAGAACAGACCCAUGAUUCUCGUUUUGGUGCGGCUAUGUCCGCCCUUCCGGACUUGAAUGGUGACGGCUUCAGGGAGCUGGUAGUGGGCGCGCCAUUGGAGGACAAUCACAAAGGAGCUAUCUAUCUCUUCUAUGGCCGACAAAAAAGCAUCCAACCCAAAUACAAACAGAGAAUAGCCGGGGGUGACAUCUCUCCAGGUCUCCGUUAUUUCGGCCGCAGUGUGCAUGGGAUGAUGGAUGUAAAUGGAGAUAAGCUCAUAGAUCUCUCUGUGGGCUCUUUAGGGGCCGCAGUUCUGCUUUGGUCUCGCAGUGUUGUUCGUGUUGGAAUCAGCAUUAAUUUUGAGCCUUCAAAAAUCAAUGUUUUUAAUAAAGACUGCAUCCGAGGAGGCCGGGAGGUGUCGUGUAUGUUGGCCAACGUUUGCCUGAAUGUCACGGCACAGACACCGAUGACAGAUCCAAAGAGAGUCGCGCUGAGGUACAGCUUUGGUUUCGAGGAGAGCAGAUAUUUUCCCAGAGCCGUGUUAGACAGCACAGAGGACCCGCAGCCCAGAGACGUCACCCUGCGGCCGGACUCAAACUACUGCCUGCAAGUGUUUUUCCAUGUUCAUGAAGUGACAGACUACACACGACCCGUGAUCUUCACUGUGAACGUCGGCCUGAAAAGCGCAGAAGAAGGGCCGGUGCUGGACGACGGCUGGCCUACCAGUCUGCAGUCAGAGCUUCCGUUCUGGAAUGGUUGUGACAAUGACGAUCAGUGUGUUCCCAACCUCAUCCUGCAGAGCAGCUCUGACUUAUUAGAUCGCAGGCAGUUCUGUGGGCGGAGCGAGCGCGCCACGUGGCCGCUGUGUGUCCAUCAGAGGGCGAGGGCGAGCAGCGAGCGUGUGGUGGAGGCCAGCCGGAGGAAAGUUCUGGUGGAGGCACGUUUGGAGAACCGAGGAGAGAACGCUUACGGCACGAUCCUGCAUCUCACGCAUUCUCCAAACCUCCAGUUCUCCAGUCUGGUGGUGAAGGCACCUUCAGACAUUGCAAUCGAGUGCUUGAACUCUGAUGAAACGAGCCUCUACCGGACAUGCAACGUCAGCGCGCCGUUUAUGAGGUCACAUGCUCAGGUUUAUUUUCGCCUGGAGUUUGAGUUCAGCAGAUCUGUCUUCUUGAACUUCAUCCAGAUCACCCUGAGGGUCUCCAGUGAAGGAGAAGAGAUGUUUCCAGAGGACAACAUCAACGAUAUUUACCACAGUUUGAAAUAUGAGGCUGAUAUUCUCUUCACAAGAGAUUCCAGUUCGUCCCGUUUUGAGAUCAAACAUGAGCUUGCCCAGAGCGUCCCUGUUGGGACUGGACCGCCCUUCAACCUCUCUUAUCAGAUCCAGAAUCUUGGCCUCUUCCCUAUAUCUGAGCUUCUCUUCACGUUAAACGUCUUCACUGUGACCAGAAACGCACACGCACUCUUGCACCUCUCAGACUUGGAUAUCGAUCAGAUGGCUGGAUCGCACUGCAAUGUUCCACGUGUCAUCACCGCCGGCUCGUCCUCGCAGGAAGACCUCUCUCUCAACCCGCACAUGAACGCGUCCACCAGUGACGCAUUAUUUGCGCAGUGUAGAAUCAACCUGCUUCCCCAAGGAGACGUUAGCAUCACCGCAACAGGAUGGCUCAAUCUUCACAAUUUAUUAGCCGUGAAAUUUAAACGGUUAGAUCUGGUAAUGACUGCCGCUGUUGAGUUGAGCCCUUCCAGUCCGAUGUUCCUCCAUGAGGAACGGCCCGUGAGACAUAUAAUCCUGGAAAUUAGGAAGGAGGACGAAUACAGAAUUCCCAUCUGGGUGAUUAUUGGAAGCACUCUGGGAGGACUACAACUUCUGGCCCUGCUAGUACUGGCGCUUUGGAAGCUUGGAUUCUUCCACAGGCAGAAGAGAAAGAGAGAAGAGCAGGCGACCAAUGAGAAGACAGCAGAGGAUCGGUAAUGCCACGGCAACCGCACGGCAACCUCUUCAGCCAAUCACUCAGGGACUCUCCAGACACGGGUGUGUGUCAGCCAAUCAGUGGCUCUUAAGCACUGCCACACCCUCCAGCAAUCUGACCAAUCAGCUCGCUUCCCUUGGCCACGCUGCCAAUUAAGACGAAGAUGUGAAGAGGCUGAAGCUUCAGUGUGAGACUUUGAAAUCCAGGUCAAAAGAGAAAGAGUUGGAAAGGAACACUAAUGAAUAGGCUUCGGUUUGAACCACCAUGAGGUUUGGGUGCUGAGAAAAUGUUUGUGUGUCAUGAAACAAACUUCAGAUUGCGGAACAAGACUUUUUUGCUGCAGCAUAAAUUCAAGCUGAUGCACUUGCACAAUGUAAAAAAUUUUGAACUUGAAAUAUGUAAAUAUGAAAAAGUUCAGCAAUAUAAUGUAAUACAAUGAUAAAAUAAAAUAUUUAACCAUAAAAUUAUUAAUAUCAUGCACUUUUUGUUGCCACUUACAUCUGUUAAUGAUGUAUGUGGGAUGUAUGGUCAUAAUUUUAUAUACAGUACGAAAUUUUGCAGCUGGAAUUGAAAGUAUUCAAUGUGUAUUUCUGUUUUUUUAAUCAACUGAAACUGGUAAAAGUGCUUAAGGGUAGUUGAAAUAAUAAAAUGGAUAGGAAACACAUUUUAUAUGCUGUAACUGGUCACCAGUUUUCCACCUUUUAUUUGCAAUAAAAAAAUAUUCUUUGACUGUACAUUUAUUGUCAUAAAUAAUAAUAACAAAAAAUCUAAAAGGUUUGCUUUUUAUGCAGUUGACUUAAAUAUUCAUGUAGUGUGAUGAGUAUUUUAGAAAAUUAUUUUCAUGCAUUCACUACAUUAAUACAGUCACAAUGAAAUAUUUAAUAAAUAGACAAUAAUUCGAUGCUUUAGAAAUAAAUAAAUCAUCCUUGACAUCUCAACUACCCUUAAACACUUUGUGAUCACUGUCUCGAAUAACACAGUGGCUGUGUUCAGAAUGCAAUACUAGUUUACUACUUAUGAACACACUGUAUACUGCUGGCUAUUUUAUAGAGAAAUAGUUUGCAUUAUUCUAUAUGUAAACAAUUUCAACAUCAUUGCUUUAUUUUGUCACAUUCCAGUUAUCAUCUCAGAAAUAAUUAUUAGGUUACUUUGCAUUUCAAAUCAAAAUUUUAAUAAAAAUGUUAGUCUUAUCAAAUUAUGAGUGAGGAUGGAGAUGUUAAAAAUGCAUUGCAUUGCAGUAAAAUGGACAUUUGCACAUUUUGAUAAAUGUAGGUGAUCAUGACAUGCAAAAAAAUUGCAUACUGUGCAUAUACAUACUAUAUACUGCAGCAAUAAAUAAGUAUGCCGUUCUGAACACAGUCACUCAAUCAAAUCUCAAGACAGUAAUUUUCUUUUGACAUGGCUUCACAGCUUUCACAGUAUAAGGCACUUGUUUUAAUUGUUGUCACUUAUGUUGGCAUUUUAUUGCAUGUAGAGAUGACAGCCGAAUGUUCGUCAUGUGUUUUUUUUUUAUUGAACCACUGAAUAAAUUAAAAAUUUAAAACAA